CGCACGCGCGGCCGUGGCGGAGGGGGAACGAGCCGCACCGACAGAGCGGUCGGGUUGGGGCAGCCGCGGGCGAGUGGUUCGGACAACUCCCAAGGAGGCAGACGCAGGCAGAAGGGCGGGUGCUGGGAACCGAGGGACAGGCAAUCUCUGCGGGUCUGUGAAGAAGGUCGGCGGCCUCAGCGGGUCCCAGUCAGAAAAAGUGGAAAUCACUCCUGACUGAACUGAACAGCAGAAUUAAGUGACUUCCUCUACUGCAGAUCAUGGCGCUACCAUUCCGGAAGGACUUAGAAAAGUACAAGGACCUAGAUGAAGAUGAGCUCCUUGGGAAUCUAUCAGAAACAGAACUGAAGCAACUGGAAACUGUUCUGGAUGAUCUUGACCCUGAGAAUGCCCUUCUGCCUGCAGGGUUCCGGCAGAAGAACCAGACGUCAAAGUCCGCCACAGGGCCGUUUGAUAGAGAACACCUCCUUUCAUUCCUGGAGAAGGAGGCGUUGGAGCAUAAGGACAGGGAAGACUAUGUGCCCUACACUGGAGAAAAAAAAGGGAAAAUAUUUAUCCCUAAACAGAAACCUAUGCAGACUUUCACAGAAGAAAAAGUAUCUCUUGAUCCAGAAUUAGAAGAAGCUUUGACAAGUGCUUCUGAUACAGAAUUGUGUGACCUUGCAGCUAUUCUUGGGAUGCACAACUUGUUAACGAAUGCCCAGUUAUGUGAUAUAGUGGGAAGUAGUAAUGGUGUCGACCAAGAACAUUUUUCAAAUGUGGUAAAAGGUGAAAAGAUUCUUCCAGUAUUUGAUGAGCCACCAAAUCCAACCAAUGUUGAAGAGAGUUUAAAGAGAAUUAAAGAAAAUGAUUUUCGUCUUGUUGAAGUUAAUUUGAAUAAUAUAAAGAAUAUCCCAGUUCCAACCCUAAAAGAUUUUGCAAAAGCUUUGGAAACCAACACACACGUGAAAUAUUUCAGUCUUGCGGCCACGCGGAGCAAUGACCCCGUCGCUGUUGCUUUUGCAGAUAUGCUAAGAGUGAACAAGAAUUUGAAGAGCUUAAAUGUGGAGUCCAACUUUAUUACAGGAGCUGGGAUUCUAGCACUGAUUGAUGCUUUAAAAGAUAACGAAACCCUGGCAGAGCUCAAGAUUGACAAUCAGAGGCAGCAGUUGGGGACAGCUGUAGAAUUGGAAAUGGCCAAGAUGCUUGAGGAAAAUACAAAUAUCCUUAAAUUUGGAUAUCAGUUUACACAGCAGGGACCCCGAACCAGGGCCGCUAAUGCUAUAACAAAAAACAAUGAUUUAGUUCGCAAAAGACGAGUUGAGGGAGACCACCAGUAAGUACACCAAGAUCCAAUCUUUGGGAGACUUGAAGAGGUCACCAAGAGCUCAUGGUGGUGAUGUCAGAUGUAACAUUUUCCUGGGUAGAAGGGAAAAGACUGGAAAUUUUUUUAACUACAUGUUUCUUUUUUCUAGUUUACGUUAACAGUUUCAAACUGUAAAAUCAAUAGUAGUGGUAUUUUAUAUUUUAUAACAUUUCUUUCUGCUAAAAUCAGUUUUAAUUUAGCUUUAUUAAAUGGUUUGUGAUGAAUCAUGAGUUAAAAAGUACAAUUAUGAAAGAAGUUUAGGAAAUCAUUUAUGUAGAAAAAUAAAUAUUUUAAGGACCAAUCUUUUUUAAGUCAAAAAGGGACAUGACUGAUAGAAUUGCUGUUGCACCUGUUAGGUACAAGACCUUCCUCAGAGCCUGCCUUAUGCCAUCGCAUGGAGCCCUUUCCGUGUUUUAGAAUACAUGAAAUUGGCAAGAGUGUGCUUUCUGUUUCUAUCAAGAAAGCAAAAUGCCGGAAUUUUACAAUAGAUGACUCAGAAUCUGACCCUCUGUUCAGGAGUACAAGCCCAUCUCUGGGAGAGAGAAAGGGGCCUCCUGCAUAUUCCAGGCCACCGUGCUUGUCUGGUGGACGUGAGUCAGCAGCACCGAGAGAGACUUGUUUAAACAAAGUCAUCAGCUUGGCCAGGUUAUGUACUUUGUUUAAAACUAUAGUUAUGUCUAAAUUCAUUAUAGUUUUUUAUUUUAAUUGGGCAUUAUUAAAUUUUUGUGAAAGCUCAUAGUUGUUUUCUUCCCUGUAAAAGACCUAGAGCCAACUCUCGGUUAUUUAAGAUAAUGAGAAAAAAGGCUGUUAAACACGUGAAAUCGAAGAUAAUAAAUGCGAUGGAAUUUGAGUCUGAGGCACGUGCAAAACGGUCACUGAAACUGAUGAUUACUGUAAAGUAAAUGAGAACCUGGCCCGGGUGUGAAUUAGCCGUUGCACAGUAUUGUGAGAAUUUGUGCACGCGCUGCCGGCAUCGCACAGACGGUUGUGACGUAGUGCUUGCUACGAAUUGUCCAACCAGUAAGGAAAACUGUCCUUCAUGAAUCUGAUUUUUAUUAUGUUUCCUUUCAUCUUAUGCUGUUUUGUCCACAUUGUGUAAAAGUCAUCUCGUGAAAGAAGUUUGUCCUACUGCUCAUGCUCACGGUAUUCAAGGGAAUGCUGGAACAGCGUACUGGGGUGAGGGCUGCCUCCUGCCCAGGCAGAGACGGGGAUCCGGCCCUGUUGCAGGGCAGCCCCUGGAGUACAUGGCAGAGCCCGCGCGGCUACAGGAGACAGGCGGGGAGAAACGGGAGUCCUCCUGACCUCCAGAAUUCAGGCCUGGCUAGAUCAUUUACAGGGACUAAAGGGAAGAAUCCCAUUUAAGAGUAGGGGACAGGUCUAAAGAAGAGUUUUUGAAAUUGAAUUACAAAGUGUCACUCCUUUGGCGUGGGCUGGACAGUUUGCUUAACGAGCCCAGAGCAUCUUGGGUGCUCUGGUAAUCAGCCUUGUCAACAGGCAAAAGCUUCUCUUGGAAGAAUGGGUUGUCUUUAUUUUUUCUGAGUCAGUAACCAGUGUUUUAGUGGGGCCAAAGAUGGACUCUGCACCAUUCCCUUUCAGUUAGAGACCAGAUUUUUUUUUUUCCAAGUUAACAAGUGUUUCUGUCUUUCUUUUCAUGUACAACUUUGGAAAUGUACCUGAUUUCAGAGACUGCUUACUCGCCGCAGGGUAGGGAGUCCACAUGCAGCAAGUCUGUAAGGGUCCCCGUUACACUAACGACAAGGCUUUCUGGCUUGCACUGUCCUGUAAGUCAGUGAAUUGAGAAGUACGUGACCCCUUCUACCAUGUUUUUUUAAAUUUAGGUAGAUGGGACCCUACCCAGUAUGUGUAUCGUACGUGUGGGUAAUAACUUUUUCAUUUAUGACUUACCGAAGUAUGAAGACGUGUUUUGCUUGUACCAUUCCGGUUUUGAGCUACAACAGUUCGUUAUAUAAUUGAAGAAAACAUUUUUUCAUAAAAAUCUUUAAAGACCAUUCAUCCAAUUGAAUACAGAAAAUCAAGAAUUAUAAGGGAGAAAACUGAUGUUUACUUUGAUCUUUAAAUUCUGGCACUUCUUACCCUUUUAGUAACUUACAGUAUUUCUGUAUAGCUUUAAAAUGCUGUACUGGAUUAGGGUUCGGAAAUAGCCUUGAUUUUUAAACCAAAGAUUUUCCAAGGCCUUAAAACAUUCCCUAGGCUAACCGAUUUAUACUUAUCUGGUUAUCUAAUCAAAGAAUACUCUUUGCAUUUUUAAAUUGCUGUUUUUUAAAAUCUUUUAAUUUCCCAUUUUGUAAAAUUUUACAUUCAUAUUUGAAGUUGAUUUUGCAACUAUGUCUACGUGAAAUUGUACUGAAAAAAGCAACAAUACUGUUAUUAAAAUGGAUUUUGGUGCUAUAAACUUGUAGCUUAGAUCUAGAAGUCUUAAGUAUAGGCGAAAUACAUUUCAUAAGGGUGCCUGUCAUUUAGAAGACCAAAUAAACAUUUUGUGUUGAAGAAAACCAGCAGAUUGUUAGAGAUUUCAAGGAGAAUUAUCUCGCUCAUUAAAUUGCAAAUUCCUGUUAUUUGAAUGAAGUAACCCACAUACUCACUUUGUGCAGUAGGUGCACUCUGGAAAAGUUACAUGUAAAUAGAACUUUGUAAAUUGUUUUUCCUUUGACAGUAUCUGAUGUAUUUUCACUUAAAAAGGGGACUCCAUGGCAUAAUAAAAAUUAUAAAAGAAAAAUGUUUUGAUAAAAUGUUAGUCAUGUUCUAUUAUACAUCAUAUUUAAUCCUUGCUGUCAUUAAAAUAAGAUGGAAAGAUUCA